CUGAAUUGACGACCUCAACGCCCUCAAUCUCACUCAGAGGGAGUAGCACCUCCGAAAUCCGAACCUAGACAAAAGGCUCAGGUGCUUGCUCGCUGGAACUGUGCAACUCCAACUCGUCUUUCUGCAUCACAAUCUUCGUGUUCUCUCCCAUCCUGAAACAAAAAAAAACAGCCUGAGUCAGAAAAGAGAGAUCAAGCGGUACGGCACGAACGAACGAACGAACGAAGGCCGGUGGAUCAUGACUCAAAAAUAGAUAAAAGACCUUCAUCUCCGCUGCUGGACUUUGAACAGAACUGAGCAUCCCCAUCCAAUCCUCAAUCCCCACCCUCGCUUGUAAAGACAGAAAAAGAAAAGAACACAAAGCGGGACGAUGCAGAACCCGAAUGAAGAUACGGAAUGGAACGACAUCCUCCGACAGAAGGGAAUCAUCCCAGACAAGCCCAAGGAGCCCGAAAUCACGGAAGAGGACAUCGUAGCCAUGGUGGAGCAGACCAUCGACAAGAAGGCCAAUGGCAAGACCAUGGACGAGAUGAACCUAGAUGAAUUGGACGAGUUGGAGGAUGAAGAGGAAGAGAAGGUCCUGGAGCAGUAUCGUCUGCAACGCAUGGCCGAAAUCCGAGCUCUCCAGGCCAAGUCCAAUUAUGGGGAUGUGCGCGAAAUCUCGGCUAAUGACUACGUCCAAGAGGUGAAUCAGGCCGGGAAGGGCGUGUGGGUGGUGCUGCAUCUCUACAAGCAGGGCGUGCCACUGUGCGCCCUGCUCAACCAAUACCUCAGCCAGAUAUCCGCCAAAUUCCCCACCGUCAAGUUUCUCAAGAGCAUCUCCACCACGUGUAUUCCCAACUACCCGGAUAAGAAUCUGCCCACCAUCUUCGUCUACUUUGAAGGGGAGCUCAAGACCCAGAUCGUGGGACCCAUGAGCUUUCGAGGGAUGAAUCUGACCGUGGAAGAGUUCGAGUUCAUGCUGGGUCGAACGGGGGCCGUGGACACGACCAUCACGGAAGACCCCAAGCCCAAAGUCAAAGACGUCAUGUUCUCCUCGUUGAAAGAUGGGCGGAACACCCAGGGGGACGAGAGUAGCGAUGAGAAUGAUUGGUAGGCGUAUAGGUCUGAGAACACGAGGUCACGCACCCAAAGGCUCGGUGGUGGAUUUGUUUGUAUCUUUAUAUAUGUAUUUCGUAAAAGUUAUCUACAUAUCUGAGAAGAAUGCAUGGAAUCAAAUUCUA